GAGAAACAUCAAUGAUGGGAGAGAAUCAUUGAUCCCCCUGACGCCUGCACGCCCCCUACUGGGGAUCAACCUGAAAUGGGCAUGUCCCCCACAGAUAAUUAAACCAUGACCUCCUAGUGGUUUAGUCCACGCUAAACCAUUCAGUGACAAUGGCCAGGACAGAUACUCUCUCUUCACCAACAUGGACUCAAGUCCCUUCACCAGAAAGAGAUGACAGCUUUCUGUAGCCAUUUUCAAGAUGUCUCUCUCAUGAGGACGUGACAUUUCAUAGCUCCUCCAGUGGCGAUCUCCGUGUUUUCUACAGGAGUGAUGAGGGGGAAAACAAGAAAAAGAAAAAAAAAAACCCUGAUCACUUCCUUGGACUCAAUGACUACAUUACCCAGAAUACCAUGUGUGGAAUACCAACAGCUUAGCCAAUGAAGGUGUUUCCAGCGAAGCUGAAUUCGAAGGGGCGGGACUUCCGGCAUCCCCGCUGCGGGCCUGUUGGCUCUUCCCAGACCCGCUCUGCUGCACCUUUGGAGGCUGCAGAUCGCUGGGCCCGGUGGAGAUGCCCCGAGGGAGAAGGCGCGGGAGUCGUGGCCGUGGCGCUCACAGCACACGCGCGGGUGUGAAAUGCGGUGUCCCCGCCCGGGUGACCCGCUCCAGGGCCCGGAGAGGGACCGCCCUUCCCGCCGCGGCCUCUGCUCCCGCCGCUCCCGCCCCGCUCCGCACACAAAGUCCGAUGGCGGCGCCCGCCCCGAGGCUCGGGGCUGAGGUUGGCGUGACCUUUGAGGACAUUGCCCUGUACUUCUCCAGGGAGGAAUGGAGCCUCCUUGAUGAGGGUCAGAGACAGCUGUACCUGAAUGUGAUGCUGGAGAACUUUGAACUUGUAUCCUCCCUGGGUUGCUGCUGUGGCGCAGAGGAUGUGGCGACUCCCCCUGAACAGAAGGUUUCUGUAAGAGUGUCACAGGCCAGGAAUCCCAAGGUAUCCUUGUCCUCUCAGAAGAGCCACCCCUGUGGGAGUUGUGGGCCAGUCUUGGGAAACAUUUUCCAGCUGUUUGAACUGAAGGAAACCCAACACAGCCAGAUACUGUUGAGGUGUGGGGCAUGUGCAAAAAGAUUUUAUUUCCGUGCGAAAUUUGACCAGCACCAGGAUCAGCAUAGGAGAGAGAAGCCUUUCGUUAGAGAUGUGGACAGCAUCUCUCUUGCAAGGGGCGGUGAUUUUAGUGUGUCACAGAAACCUUUUACCUGUGGGGAAUUUGGACAAGACAUGUUAACUGGGUCAGGACAUCUACAGCAACAGGCUACUCCCACCAGGGAUAGAACAAAUGAAAUCUUGACAUCUGAGGUGAGUUUUCAAAGCAGAAAUAACGAUGACAUCCGGAAAGAAUAUCAUAAAACCAUUGGCAGCAUCCACACAUUUGUUCAGGACAGGAAUAUUUGUACUGAAAGACAGCGUUUCGUGUGCCAGGAAUGUGGAAAAUGUUUUAGCCAAAUUUCUACUCUUCACUGUCAUCAGAGUGUUCACUCCGGAAAAAGACGUUAUGAGUGUGGUGAGUGUGGUGAGUGUGGGAAGUCUUUUUCAAGGAUGUAUUACCUUCCUUAUCACCAGAGAGUUCACACUGGAGAAAGGCCUUAUGAGUGCAGUGAGUGUGGGAAAUCUUUUUUCAGCAGCUCUGGCCUUCAUUAUCAUCAGAGAUUUCACAGAGGAGAAAGGCCUUAUGAGUGCAGUGAAUGUGGGAAAUCUUUUAGCUGUAGCAGUGCCCUCCGCAGUCAUCAGAGAGUUCACACUGGAGAAAAGCCUUUUGAGUGCAGUGAGUGUGGGAAAUCUUUUACUGGUAGCAGUGGCCUCCGUAGUCACCAGAGAGUUCACACUGGAGAAAGGCCUUAUGAGUGCAGUGAGUGUGGGAAAUCUUUUUUCAGUAGCUCUGGCCUUCAUUAUCAUCAGAGAUUUCACACAGGAGAAAGGCCUUAUGAGUGCAGUGAAUGUGGGAAAUCUUUUAGCUGUAGCAGUGCCCUCCACAGUCAUCAGAGAGUUCACACGGGAGAAAAGCCUUAUGAGUGCAGUGAAUGUGGGAAAUCUUUCAGCUGUAGCAGUGGCCUCCGUAGUCAUGAGACAGUUCACACUGAAGAAAGGCCUUACGAGUGCCUUGCGUGUGGAAAAUCUUUUAAGAGUAGCAAUGGCUUUCAGUAUCACCAGAGAGUUCACACUGGAGAAAAGCCUUAUGAGUGCAACAAAUGUGGGAAAUUUUUUAUCAAAAUCCAAGGCCUUCAUAAGCAUCAGAGAGUUCACACUGGAGAAAAGCCUUACGAGUGCAAUGAAUGUGGGAAAUCUUUUUCAAGAAAGGAAUCCCUUCGUUAUCAUCAAAGAGGUCACAGUGGAAUAAGGCCUUAUGUGUGUCAUGAAUGUGGAAAAUCUUUUACAAGUAGCACUGGCCUCCAUUAUCAUCAGAGAUUUCACACUGGAGAAAAGCCUUAUGGGUGCAGUACAUGUGGCAAAUUUUUUACCAGCAGAAGUGGCCUUGUACAUCAUCAGAGAGUUCACACUGGAGAAAGGCCUUAUGUGUGCCCUAAAUGUGGGAAUUCUUUUACUAGUAGCAAUGGCCUUGUAGGUCACCUGAGACUUCACACGGGAGAAAGGCCAUAUGAGUGCAGUGAAUGCGGGAAGUCUUUUACCAGGAUCCAUAGCCUUCGUUAUCAUAAGAGAGUUCACAGUAGACAAAGGACUUAGGCAUGGAGUUAACGUGGGACAUCUUUUAGCCAAACUUGUAACCUCCCCGUCAAAUAAGAGUUUACAUGGGAGGAAGGUCUGACAUGUCUAGAAAACUGAUAGCUUAUUCAGUUUUGUUUUGUUUUGUUUUAUGUUUUGAGUAUUUAUUAUAGGCCAGGUGUUAAGGAUAGGGAAGUUAUCCUGCUUUCAUGGAGUUUACAAUCUAGCAAAGAACCUAAGGAUGAUAAAAGAAAUAUUUUACUCUUUCCUUUGUUUGCUGCCUCAUGUUUUUCAAGUUGAUUCUAUAAACCAUUUUUGGUGAGAAAAGUCAGCUUCCAUCUACACCUUCAUACAAAAAAGGAAAAUGUCGUUGUCAUCUAUUGCAUAUCCAGGACGCAUAGCAUCCAAGAGUUUCAAGGCUGGGAAAGAAGUUUCUAUAAAGAAACUCAGACCUAGUUUUGGUCUCCUGAAAUUUCAUUUCUCUGAUGUCAGAUGAAUCCAGCUUCUAACUAGGAUGAAGUUGAACUAUAGGAUCUGUCAACUAUCUAGCAUCAUCUCCUUUAUGGUCCUGUCAGCCUAUCACCAUUCCUGCUGAGACUGUCCAAAUGCAAGUCCACUUGUUUAGGGGGCCUGCAGCAGAUGUAACAGAGGCUUUCAAAUAACACUUCUGGGCUGGCACACAGGGCGCUGAAGACCAGGUCUUUCUUGUUCAGUGGAUCCCAUCUUUAACCAGUCUAUCGCCGACAGGAGAGAGCCUUAGUUCAGUUUUAACAACACUGUGGGAAGCACUGAAGCCUCAUUUGUCUGAAUUGAAGCUCAUAUGUCCAAAGGUAUGGACAAGUGGACUUGCAUUUGGACAUUCUCAGCAGGAAUGGUUAUAGGCUGACAGGACCAUAAAGGCGAUGAUGCUAGAUAGUUGAUAGAUCCUAUAGUUCAACCAUGGGGAGUGGGGGGGUUCCCCAUAAGUUUAUGUGGGAUGCAUGUGUGCACAUUGCACUUUCUAAAUUUCCCCAGGUGUCUUGCCAGAUCUAAGUCACUGCAUAUUUUUGUCGCAUAAACUAUUUCACAUGUACCACCUGGAAGGUAUCCACAGAUGGCAUCCGUCACCAUCCUAAUGUGCUCAGAGAAGCUAACUGUUCUCUGAUUUUUUUGGAGAAAAUAAGGAGUAGCCUGCAUUUUUAGGAAGUCUUUAUUCCUUUUACUCUCAGUAAUUGGUGCACGGAUCUGACUCACUUUUGCCCCCAAGAACAUCACCUGAGUUUAGCCAGCGGCUUGCAGAAUAACUGCCUUGUUCAAGGACGUGCUUUCCCUAGAUGCCAGUGAUUAAUGUUUUUUAAAUAUGUUGUUUAAUUGAUUUCAGAGAGGAAGGGAGGGGAGAGAGAGAUAGAAACAUCAAUGAUGAGAGAGAAUCAUUGAUCCGCUGCCUCCUACACGCCCCACACAGAUUGAACCAGCAACCUGGGCAUGUGCCCUGACCAGGAAGUGAACCGUGACCUCCUGGUUCAUAGGUCGAUGCUCAACCACUGAGCCAUACCAGCCGGGUACCAGUGAUUAAUUUUUUGAGUGUCACACAUGCAAGAACUGUGAGGGUGUUGUCCCUUUGUCUUGUAAAAUAAUGAAGGCCUUUUCCCCCCUAAGUCUUCUUUAAUCUUGGGUGUUCUAGUUACUGUGUGGGUUGGUUUAUAAGUAGAUCUGGGUCUAUACCAGCACAAAGAGGUGAAUACCUCAUACAAGCCUUAAAGUUUCUCUGCCUCCUAGGAGAUGAUACGGUACAGAAAUUAGCUCAGCAGUUUUUUGCCAAAUUUGCAUUGUUGCUCAUAUUUCUGUAGGAAAGACUAUAGGGCCUGUAGUCCUCAUGUGAAGUCUGGAUGCUAUGAGACACAGAGGUCACUCCAAACAGGGGGGUAGCUGUGACAACCUCGAGUACCUUUGGGAGCAGCGGUGAGUUUGUUUGUAUGCAAACGAUGCCAGUACUUUUGAAGGGAAGGGAAUCUCUUGCCCAGGUCUUGCAAAGGGCCAGGUUCCCUAAUGUCUACAGUUCCACAGGUGAUGGUCACUGGUUUUAGGGGUUAGGAGAAACCAUGAUUGCAACAGAAACACGACCUGGUAGGUGUUGGAGGAGGCCAGCCCACUAGCUGAAAUGUGCCUUUUAACGUGCACCCAGAAAUUUUUGAGAAAAGGACUGCAGGAUCGGCAUAUACUAAUCAGGGGGUCUCCCGUCAUGUUUAUCUUCUGUGGAUGUAGUCAUUGUCAUGGAAUAUAUCCAGCAGGUUUUGUGGCCCUGGCUGGGUAGCUCAGUUGGUUAGGGCAUCAUGCUGAUACCCCAAGGUUGCGGGUUCGAGCUCCUUUCAGGGCACAUACAAGAAGCAACUAAUGAAUGUACAACUAAGUGGAACAACAAAUCAAUUUCUCUCUCUCCCUUCUCUCUCGAAUUCAUAAGACAUUUUUAAAAAGAUUUUGUGGAGCCCUGGCUGGUUUGGCUCAGUGGAUAGAGCAUUGGCCUGCAGACUGAAGGGUCCCAGGUUCAAUUCCAGUCGAGGGCACAUGCCAGGGUUGUGGGCUCGAUCCCCAGUGGGGGACGUGCACAAGGCAGCCAAUCAAUGAUUUUCUCGCAUCAUUGAUGUUUCUAUCUCUCCCAAUGCCUUCCUCUCUGAAAUCAAUAAUAUAUUUAAAAAAAAAAAGGUUUUGUGGAUUACUGUAGCCUCUCCGAUGUUCAAGUCAGAGCCUUUGUUGCCCUGGCAGAAAAAUAAAAAAGAAUGGAGGACAGGGAUGUGGCUUUUAUUACCCAGCAGGCAUUCCUGUUGGUUUUGUGAAAGUCCUUCAUUGUUAGUUAUAUUGGAUGUCACUGAGACAAGACCCCCCAUCUCCCCCAGAAGUCAUGAGAAUGUGGAUUGAAUAUACUAGGUGUACCGGUUAAUAAUACAGAUUUUUUUCAAUACAUGGAGUUACACAUAUGUUGCUAUAUAUGCGAUUUGAUAUGUAUGCUAUUUUGUGGUAUUGACAACAAGCUUCAAAACUUCAUAUGUCAAAUUUUCUGAAGGUGUUAACAUCAUCGAUAUUGUUGCGCUUAAAAAUGCCGAAUUUCGUGCCCAAAAAAAGAGGAAGGGUCCCUAGGCCUGGCCAGUGAUCAGGGCUGAUUGGGGCCUUCCUUUGUUUCGUACUGCCCCCUGGUGGUCAGCGCAUGUCAUAGCGAGUGAUCAAACUUCUGAGGGGACGCUUUGCAUAUUAGCCUUUUAUAUAUAGCGAUAGAUAAGUUUCAUUUACCUUUGUAAAUAGCUCAGUGCAUAGUCUGAGUCAUCAGUGAAUGUUUAACUUACACAGAUUAAAUUGUGAUCUAAACUGAUGGUAUAUUUUUGCAUCUUUUCAGCAGUUUAUGAGGAUUCAGUUCCUCCACAUUCUAGAGAAUAUUUGGGUUGGUCAAUGGUUCUUUUUUUUUUUUUUUUUUCGAAUUAAAGAGUCACAUUUAUUGCAAUCCGGGACUAUGAGGGGCCAUUCCCCAAAUCUCAUAGUCAAUGGUUCUUUAUGUAAACUUUUUUUAUAACUUUAUCAUGCAAUCCCUGCUGUUUGAUUGUAUUUUUCUAAGGAUUUAUGGUGAGCCUUUUCUCAGAUGUGUAUUUGCCCUCUCUGUAUCUUAGUUAAGACAUCUGCUUCAUCUGCUACGAGUUUUGGCAAUUUAACAAAAAGACUCUGAAAGAACAAAGAUGCAUGUGGAAAUUUCACUCAUUUUGUGCCUUUUUUUUUAUGAAAUAAAGGGUUUUUUGUAUUGAAAAA